AUGGAUGGUCACCCGUGGUUAUUUGAUAAUAGUUUGCUAGUACUGCAUGAGUUUGAUGCUUUCACUCCCACACAAAAGCUAAAAUUUGAUAGCAAGUUGAUUUGGGUCCAAAUUCAUAAUAUGCCUUUUGCUUGUAUGAAUAAGGAAUGUGGGGAGCAUAUCAAAAGAUCACUUGGGAGGAUUGUUGAGAUGGGUUUGCUUGUUGAUGGUAUUGGUUGGGGUCCUUAUUUGAGAAUUAAAAUUGAUUUGUCUCUUCGGAAGCCAUUGGCUAGAGGUAGAACUAUCUGUCAUGUGCAAGGUGAGAAGGUCUGGCUUCCAUUAAAAUAUGAAAGAUUGCCUCGUGUAUGCUUUGAUUGUGGCUGUAUGGUUCACGGGAGAGAAGGUUGUUUGUUCAAACCAACUGAUAACUUUGGGUUAUUUGAGCAUGCAGACCAAUUUGGUCCUUGGUUAAGGGUUGAAACAUACGUUAUUAAACGAUCUCUUGCUCGUGCUGGAUGGAAUGAGAAUCAAUUAGGGGGGGUCAAUGAGAAAGGCUAUAUGGUAGAAGGACGUGGAAGUAGCAAUACGGUGGCUUAG